UCGUGGUGUCCUUGCUGCCCACUUCCGCCUACUUCCAGAGGCACCACAGUGCUCGGUUGUUUAUUUUACCGGAGCAUUAAUUUUACCUGAACUCACAGGUGGUGGGUGCUGCUGUCUGUGAUGCUCGGAGGGAGGCUGGACUCCAGGGACAGGCCAACGGUGGAAACAUGACUUCUGAGUAACCUGCAGCUACUUUGUCUGCUCAGUAUGAACAGCGAGGAGGAGUUUUUCGACGCUGAGACAGGGUUGGAGUCAGAUGAUUCCUGCGAGGUCAGCUUUAAAGAUGCCACACAGGAGAAUGGAGUGUGGGAGCGCAGGAAAAAGCUGCCAGCUGAAAUGAUCUCCAGAAAUAACUUCAGUGUUUGGAAUAUUCUGAAGAAAUGCAUCGGCAUGGAGCUGUCCAAAAUAGCAAUGCCGGUCGUGUUUAACGAGCCGCUCAGCUUUCUCCAGAGAAUCUCCGAGUACAUGGAGCACACUCACCUCAUCCACAAAGCCUGCAGUUUAUCAGACUCCAUAGACCGCAUGCAGGUUGUUGCUGCAUUUGCUGUUUCGGCUGUAGCAUCUCAAUGGGAGAGGACUGGAAAGCCUUUCAAUCCUUUACUGGGGGAGACCUAUGAACUCACAAGGGAGGACGAAGGCUACAGAUUGAUCUCGGAGCAGGUGAGCCACCACCCUCCCAUCAGUGCCUUCCACGCCGAGUCGCUGAAGAAAGAAUUUGAGUUUCAUGGCUCUAUCUACCCAAAGCUCAAGUUCUGGGGCAAAAGUGUGGAGGCUGAACCUAAAGGCACCAUGACGCUGGAGUUACUAAAACAUAAAGAAGCUUACACGUGGAUGAAUCCAAUGUGCUGUGUGCAUAACAUCAUCCUGGGAAAACUCUGGAUUGAACAGUAUGGAACUGUAGAGAUAGUCAACCACAGGACGGGUGAUAAGUGUGUCCUAAACUUCAAACCCUGUGGGAUGUUUGGAAAGGAACUGCACAAAGUAGAAGGUCAUAUCCAAGAUAAAAGUAAGAAGAAGCGGCGAGUUAUGUAUGGGAAAUGGACAGAGUGCAUGUACAGCGUGGACCCCAAGGUUUAUGAAGCGUACAAGAAGUCGGAGAAGAAGAGCGGGGGCGAGUCAAAGAAGCUGAGACAGGAGCGUAGCUGUGAAGCAGAGGAGGCAGAUGAGAUGCCAGAAGUUCAAGAGACUGUGACUGUGAUACCAGGAAGUGCCUUACUGUGGAGGAUAACAUCUCGGCCCGCUCACUCAGCACAGGGCAUGGAGAGACUACUGUUGCCAACAGACUGCCGGCUGAGGCCUGACAUCAGAGCGAUGGAGAACGGAGACAUAGAUUUGGCGAGUUCUGAGAAAGAGCGUUUAGAGGAGAAACAGAGAGCUGCACGCAGGGAACGAUCCAAGGACGAGGAGGAGUGGUCAACCAGGUGGUUCCAGAUGGGAACAAACCCUCACACAGGAGCCGAGGACUGGCUGUACACAGGUGGAUACUUUGACAGGAACUUCACUGACUGUCCCAACAUUUAUUGACACAGGAGGUGUUUGGUGUUUAAAACAAAAAACAAACAAAAAAAAAUCUUCUCUUUGCUAGGUUUCAUUUUGUUUCUCUGUGAGUCGUGACAGCCAGACGCUCGCUGGUACUGUGUCUUUGUUAGGAUCGAUGAAAGUUGAUUUCAAACAGGUUAUCAGAUCAUCUCCAGCUGACUGUGACAUUUGUCUGCAGGAGAUGUGUAACACUAAAGAGAACUGUAGAGUUUACUUACUGUAAACAUCAAACAUCUUCUUUAUAUGCCCUAAACAUGUAUGUUACUCACCAUUCACUCAUCCAAGGGUUUAAAAGCAGCCACCAAUGUGAUCUGUGGUGUGGUGAGCUACCUGGUGGAGGAUGCAAAGGAAAUAUUUUCAGUUUUAGUUCGGGUACUCAGGUACCAUAAUCUCACCUGUAGAUGUUCCACGCUCUUCUGUCAAGCUGCAUUCAAAUAUCAGGGGAUAUUUAAUCGCAUCUGCUACUUUUAUAUAACCUAUUUGGAAAUUAGAUGUCUGUUUUAGUUAGCACUUAACAUCAAAGAAAAUGUCACAAAGUGUUUCUGUGAAUAGAGACUUACAGUAGAAAUGAAAGCUGCUUAUAACCACGUUUACUGCCUCAGUAAACAGAUAUGUUGGUACAUUAUAUUGUUCUCCGCUGUAACAUAGGUAAUGUGUAUAAUAACCAUGCAUGCUCACCAACAUCAUAAUUUCCACAAGUUAAAGCCAUACAAAAAACUUUUUCUGCACUGAGAAUAAAAGCCUCCAUAUAAACCUUUAAGGCAAAGGGAUGCAGAAACGAGACGUUUUAAAAAGUCUGACACUGGCCGCCUCCCUGGCUCCUUCACCGCUCACACACUGUGAAAAUGUUCACAAUGCACAGUAAAUAUGUGUGGGUGAACGUACAGAGUGUCAGACGCCGUUUACACUUGGUUUUAAAAUGUGUCAGGUCCAAAUACACCGCAUUAAAUACGAGUAUACAAGCCAGUGAUAUGGCUUAUGGCCCAUCUCUGUGUGGUCUGGUAGGCACUGUGAACAAUAGAGUUGGAGCUAGCUACUGUGACACCACCCACUGGUUUCUGGACUUUUUCUGGGUGCACAUUAAAGCCUCAACAUUAGCAUGUUACUCUGCUGGUCGUUAUGACUCUUUAUCCCUUGAAACCCUCCUAGGAAUAACCCUUGUCACUCUUCUGUGAUCGAAGUGGUUUCUGUCAUAUUUCAGGCCUGUAUAUCUCACUAACUUCUGGAUGUGCAUUAGAAGUUAAUGAGGGUUUUCUCUGCCUUUGCUGCUACCCUACUUUUGUCUGAUAAUUUUAUCAAAAUGUUCCAAAAUAGCAGAAACACAGUGAUAAGGUCCAGCUCAGUGACUUGGGUGAGGUGAGGCUGCUGCUGCCUAUGUCUACACACCUGUCACUCCCCAGCCUUUAGUCUCACCUGCAUCCAGUUGUUGUUAUGAAGCACAAACUGUCCACAUGUACUGACAGCACUUUUUCUAUAACGAGCUGUGAACAAGUUGUCUCCAUAUCUGAAGCUUUAGUUCUACUUGAGGAAUUAAGAGGGUUUUUUUGGCAUCUCUGCGUUGGCCUCAUUUUCAGUCCCAGAGCGCAAAGUGCCAAAAACUGCAGCCCCUCUAAUAACAACUUGAGACUGGCUCCAAAAACAACUCAGUUCCCACAGGCUCCCAUGAUAAAAUGCCCAACUUUACAUCAUUAAUAAGCGUGUUUACAGCUCCUUCUUCCUUUGAUUCCCUCAUAUUUUAUUUUUAACUUUUAAACUCAACCCUUUCACUGCUAGCGAGGCUAAGUUGGGGAUAAAUUUGUUUGGCAGGUGUGUCACUACAGGCAGCUGCAAAGCCCUGAACUGGACUUAUCCACUCUGUUUGUGCUGUUGGAGCAUUUUUAGUAGCUUAUCUGACAAAUUAUGCAGUCUGUGUUCCUUAUUUUCUUUAUUUUUAUUUGUGUGUCAUUCAGCUCUAGUUUGCAGAUAUGUGUCUCUUGCACUUAAUGUAUGCAACUUUCUGACAAAGCUUGCUAGCCUUAACUGAUCACUCAUUGCUCCACCCUCUCAUCCAGAUAUCGUGGUGGCUAAAACGCUGAUGUUGAGGUUUCUAUAACAGCUGCAUGAUGUCAGAGAGGCUACUUUAUCUCUUACAAACCAUCAAGCCAGGACGUGGUGGUUUUUCUUUUUGCUAUUUUGUGCACCGUUUUUAAAACUUUGCCUGCCAGUCUCUACAUCUGGACUCUCCAGACUCUUGACUGAUGACAGACAGGUGAAUACUUGGGGCACUUUGACACACAGAUUGUAAGGAAGUCUGAGCACAUGUGGUCCGAUCCUUGGAGGCAACACUGUGAUGAGUCUUGACUGUUCACUUGUGAUCCAAUUUCCAGAGUGGCUUUUUAAAACCAAGUGUAAACACUGCAUUAAAUACAUAUUUUUAAUAAUGCUCUGAGCUUCGGUGCUGCCAAACAAUAUUAAACAUCAUAGGUAAUACUUAUAAUAAUGAACACACUGAUUUUCUGCUCUAACUUCACUUUGGAGCUUAUAGGAUCGUAAACACGAAUGAUAAUGUUUCCAUGAAAAUGGUUAAUAAGCUUUCAACUACAGCUUGAGUCCCGUUUUCUUUUUUUUUCUUUUUUAAAUUUGUUUACAUUUUUAGCAAAUGCCUGCCAUUAAAAACUACGCCAAAUUAGUUAUUCUGAGGUUUUUUGGAGGGUUGUACCCGUGGACGUACAGGCCACUGCGACAGGGAUACUUUAAUACUGUAGAUAAUGUAAAAAUUCUCAGGCAAGUUCUGCAGUGAUAGAGGGCAUCCUUUGUUCUGAGUGGAUUGUUGGAUAUUUACAUAAUGAUAUCCUCUGGAAAUAUAAGUUAAACUAACACUAAAAAUGUAAAAAGAUUAUAGACAUCUGUUCACAUUGGCCUGAGAAAGAGUAGAGGCAUCUAUCUCACUGCUCCUCGAUUGAAGGUGCACUCCAUAGUUUGAACACCUCGGCUUCAAAGUGACUGUGUUGUGCCGUUUGUUUGUACAAUGAUCCCUGUGAGCCAAAAGUUCAGACUGCUAUAAACACUCAUUUUCAGACUUUUUUUUUCCUACUCUUCACUCCAUGUGAUAGUAGUGAGAGUGGAUAUCCCUAAUUUGGUCAACAGCUAUGGCCUUAGGCACUAAGACCCCACCCACCUGCAAGGAGCAGCCAAUCAGAAGAACAGUAGUUCUGAGAUAAACACUUUGUUCAGAGGUAGAAAGUAUAAAAGAUAGCUGUAGCUUUGUAUUUUAACCCUGUAGUCUUUUUAAUGGCCACCAGAGGGCGACCUGAAUCCUUGCUUACUCAGUAAACAGUUUGCUGGUGUGUUUAUAGAGUCAUGUACUAGAUUCAGAUCAUGUUCAAUAGAGCACUUUGGUAACUUGUGGUCAUGUGAUUGAUAGUGAGUCAGCUGCGUCUCGCUCCUCACACCUGAUUUCAAAACACCAAAGUAAUUAAAAUGUUCAACUCGAGGCUUCAUAGCAGGACUUCAUUCAACACUGGGUGACGUCCCUGUUGCUGUGUAUGUCUUUUAUGUUUUUUGUGAUUUAGACACAGAGUGAACUGAAUGAGCCAUGUGUAAGAUGGGGUUAUUUUGAACUGUGAGUUAUGCAGAGCUAAUCCAGUACAGUCCAAAAAAGAAAACAUGAAGCUGGGAAUGAGCAUAAUCUGUCCCCUUAAUGACAAAGCUGCAUCAUUUUGAUGCCUUUUUCACACGUGGAUGAGUAACACUUUGUCGGAGCCGUGCUUUCAGACACAGUUAAAAGCAAAUAAGACGGGAUGUUGUAGGCAUCAUGAACCUAUGCAAACUGAUCCUUCCAGUCUACCCUCCUGAAAUGUGAAAUAAAACACUCUUUAGCUCGCAGCCUGUGUGCUGGAGACACUACAGAGGCAGCAGGUAAUGAAUAUUGUGUGCUGGUAGUAAAAUGCUCACAGUAGUUUCUUUUUGUUUCUAAGCACUAGUGUUGCAUUAAACUGCACAUUUCAAAUGCUCACUGUCCUGUGCACAUAUGUACGGUGAAAUAUCCCACAUCAUGUCUUCCCCUCUGCUGCUGUUUGUGUCUUUACUCUGAAUUCAAAGCACUUUGUGACUCCUGCAGCCGCUCAGAGCUGCAGGAUCAAUCUGAUCCGAUCUUGUUUUAUCCCCCGCUGUCUCUUUGCCGAGCCUCUUUUUGAAAAUGUUUACAUUGUAUGUUUGUUGAUCUGUUGUUUCCUUUCCUCUUCAUACUGGUAUCCACACAGCCGUAUGCAUACAAAGCAUAUUUAAGAAAUAAAUUAUGGACUACAAAA